AUGUCUGCACUUAUGGAAUCAAAAAAGAUACCACUGCUCAAACCAUACAAAAUGGGCAAUUUUGAGAUCAAUCACAGGGUGGUUUUGGCACCUCUAACAAGGUGUAGGUCAUUCGCAAGUCUACCUCAACCUCAUGCCAUCUUGUAUUACUCACAGCGAACCACUAAUGGAGGUCUUCUCAUUAGCGAAUCAACUGGAAUAUCAGAAACAGCUCAUGGGAUGCCAGGAACACCAGGAAUUUGGAAAAAAGAGCAAGUGGAAGCAUGGAAACCUAUUGUCCAAGCUGUUCAUGAGAAGGGUGGUUUUUUCUUUUGCCAGAUUUGGCAUACUGGCCGCGCUGCUACUCAUGAGUCCCAGCCUAAUGGAAUGGCUCCGAUCUCUUCAACUGAUAAGGGAUGUACACCUGGUCUUCAAGGAAAGGAAUGGCCAGUUCCUCGUCGAUUGAGUGUAGAUGAAAUCCCACAAGUAGUAGAUGAUUACAGGAUUGCUGCAAGAAAUGCUAUUGAAGCUGGUUUCGAUGGAGUAGAGAUACAUGCUGGAAAUGGUUGCCUUAUCGAUCAAUUCAUGAAAGAUCAAGUGAACGAUAGAACAGAUGAAUAUGGUGGAACUAUUGAGAAAAGAUGUCGCUUUGCUCUAGAAGUUGUUAAAGCUGUUGUCGAUGAGAUUGGAGCGAAGAAAGUCGGGAUUCAAAUUUCCCCCUUCGCUGAUUUCAUGGAAUCAGGUGACUCAAACCCUGAAGCUCUCGGCCUUUUCGUGGCUGAAUCAUUAACCAACUAUGAAAUAUUGUAUCUCCAUGUGAUAGAGAUGAUGAAGGUUGAUGAACAUAUCCAUGAAACCCCGUAUAGAAGCUUACCGAUGAGGAGAGCUUUUAAUGGGACAUUUAUUUCUGGCGGCGGUUAUGAUAAAGACGAUGGUAACAAAAUGAUCGAUAACAAUCAUGCAGAUCUCAUUUCAUAUGGUCGAUUGUUUUUGGCGAACCCUGAUUUACCUAAGCGUUUCGCCGUCGAUGCGCCUCUUAAUAAGUGUAAUAGUGAUACAUUUUGCAUUCCAGACCCAGUUGUUGGUUACACUGAUUAUUCAUUUCUAGAUCAAAGUAAUUAGUUCAA